GCCUGAGUUAGACUAUCCAACGCCUCGACCGACCCAUGUGUACCCUGCAGCUCUUGAUGCUGCCUGUGUUCGUCCUGAUGCUCCCUGAGGGCGCCCAGCAUCAGCCCUCUUUUUUCCCAACGGGGGCAGUACCCACACCUGCAGUCCUGGGGCCGGUGACGCAGGGCGGGACCCCCCAAUCCUCUUCGGUGGAGACUGCAACUCCCCAGGACGUGCCUGGGAUUUUUACCGUGGGCCCUACUCCUGUGACCCCAUCGAUGCCUGGGAAUAGGUCCAUGGACCUCUUCCCAGUCUUACCGAUCUGUAUCUGUGACUUGACUCCUGGUGCCUGCGAUCUAAAUUGCUGCUGCGACAGGGACUGCUAUCUUCUCCAUCCGAGGACCGUUUUCUCCUUCUGCCUUCCAGGCAGCGUAAGGUCUUCAAGCUGGGUGUGUGUAGAUAAUUCUCUUAUCUUCAGGAGUAAUUCCCCGUUUCCUUCAAGAGUUUUUACCRAUUCAAAUGGAAUUAGACAGUUUUGUGUCCUCGUGAACAACUCAAAAUUAAACUAUUCCCAGAAGCUCCAAAAGGUCAACGCAACCAACUUCCAGGCCCUGGCUGUAGAGUUUGGAGGCGAAUCUUUCCCUUYAGCAUUGCAAACUCAGUUGCCACCACUUUUUUACAGAGCUGGGGACCCCAUUCUAACUUACUUCCCCAAGUGGUCUGUAACAAGUUUGCUGAGGCAGCCUGCAGGAGUGGGAACUGGGGAACUCUGUGCUGACAGAAAUCCUGCAGGUUUCCUAGAAAGUAAAAGUACAACCUGUACUCGUUUCUUCAAAAACCUGACAAAUAGCUGUACAUUGGAUCCAGCACUGGAUGCUGCCUCUUACUAUAACUUCACAGUCUUGAAGAUUCCAACAGGUUUGACUGAUCUGCAGAAUAUGAAGUUCCAGGUUCCUGUAACACUUGCCUCACAGGCCAGUCCUCCGCUGUUGGUUGGAAACACUUGUCAGAAUGCUGUUUCCCAGGUCAUCUAUGAUAUAGAAACCAAUGGGACCUUUGGAAUCCAGAAAGUUUCUGUCAGUUUUGGACAAACCAACCUGACCAUUGAGCCAGAUGUUUCCUUACAGCAAGAAUUCAUCAUUCACUUCAGGGCCUUUCAACAGAGCAUGUCUACUUCUCUUACUGGUCCUAGAAGUGGGAAUCCAGGCUAUAUUGUUGGGAAGCCACUCUUGGUUCGAACUGGUGAUACAAGUCACUCAAUGACCCUCUUGCAAAGCCAGGGAUAUGGAACUUGCUCUAUUAAGAGAUAUGAAGUACAGUUUGGAGUGAAUGYAAUAUCUGGAUGCAAGUUCAGGCUGAUGGAUACAGAUUGCAGCCGCCUGCAGCAGGAGAUUUGUCAGACCCUGCAUGGAAGGCCUACACCAGAGCAUGUUGCCAUCUUUGGUAAUGCUGACCCAGCUCAGAAAGGAGGGUGGACCAGGAUCCUCAGAAAGAAUUGCAGUGUUUCAAUUAUGAACUGUACUUCCUGCUGUUUCAUACCUGUUUCCUUGGAGAUCCAGGUGUUGUGGGCAUAUGUAGGCCUUCAGUCUAAUCCACAAGCUCAAGUGUCAGGAGCCCGAUUCCUAUACCACUACAAAACCAUAAGGGAUUCCCAUCAAGGAACAGAUGUACAUUUGACAACUCUUGUGAACUUUGUGGACAUUACCCAGAAGCCAGAGCCUCCAAGGGGCCAACCUAGAAUGGACUGGAAAUUGCCAUUCGACUUUUUCUUUCCCUUCAAAGUGGCAUUCAGCAGAGGGGUAGACUCUCAAAAGUGCUCAGUGUCUCCCAUCCUUAUCCUGUGCCUCUUUCUACUAGGGAUUUUCAACCUAGAGACUACGUGAAGAAAAAGAAUAAUCAGGCCAUGUGUGGUGGCACAUGCCUGUAAUCACAGUGGCUCAGGAGGCUGAGA